AUGAACCUCAAAGGUAGACAAUUGCCACCCUUAUCACCACUUAAGCGAAAAGAAAGGAAUGAAAUGUUUGACUUGAGGAAGCAGUCAAAGAUAAUAAGACCGGCCCCACCAAAGCCAGCCAAGCCAAUGCCUAAGCCGGUUCCACUCCGAGCCAUGGCUCCAACCAAGCCAUCUAAAGCCGAGGCUCAUCCAUCAGCUCAAGCGAACAUGCUCCUAGCCGGGUAUAUGGCUCAUGAGUUCCUAACUAAAGGCACAUUGUUAGGCCAGUUAUAUGAUCCGACUAAAGCCGAUGUUCCACCAGCCGCUAUUAGGACAAUGAGGAAGCCGAACAAUGGUUUGGUCAAUUGGGGAAACGGAAAAGCAGUUGAGCUAGAGCCAAAGCCAAGCGAGAAUAAAAUUAGGCUCGAGCUGGAGCUAGCUAAGAAUCAAAGAUAUGUUGAAGUGUCUAAGUUGUUAAAGGAUGGGGCGCAUAUAGCGGGCGUUGUCAAUCCUUCACAACUUGCUAGAAUAUUGCAUCGCUAA